AUGGACAAUGAGGAUCGCAAUCUCAUGUUGACUAGGACCCGCCAGCUCUUGUCCCUAGAUAACGAGUUUACAGGAGGAUUCCAUUCAUCACACGAUCACUGGGAUAAUCUUCGUCGUGAUAUGGUGCGGGUAUGGACUCACGCCAAGGGAGUACUUUCGCCUCUAGUGGUAGUUACCAGCAGGUUAGUCUAA